UGACACCUUAAUGUUAAAUCUACUAUAAUUCUUUCCUGAUUUUGAUUUCUUCAUUCCUGUAGUCUAUCACAAUGCGAUCUCAAGAAAUAAAACCCAUACUACGGCUAAAUGGCGUGUACAUGGCCAACAAGCCUCCUAAUACUCGCUGGGAUAUAUGCUGUCAUGAUGGAAACAUUCAAUCCAUUGUUGAGUCUACCCAGGAUUUAAAUUCAGUAGGAACUCGAUUUGUAGCUCCUGGUCUUUGUCAUCCUCAUAUUCAUCUCGAUAAAUGUUUCUUACUCUCUCAUCCCAAGUAUUCGGAUCUGCAGACCAAGCGUGGCGAUUUUGCUGAAGCUAUGAAGCUUACGAGUAAGUCCACGAGUAAGUCCAAAACCCUCCAGGAAUUAUCAUAGUCCUUGAACAGUACGCUCUUUAUUUGUUCUGUUUUCUUCAGAUCUUUCUGACUCUUCCAUAGGCGAAGCAAAAGCUCGGUUUGAACACGAUGACCUCAUGGAAAGAGGCCAGGCGCUAAUAGAAGAAAGUGUCAAAUUCGGCGUUACACACAUGAGAGCUUUCGUGGAAGUAGAUCCAGCAGUUGGAAUGAAAUGCCUGGAUGCUGGACUCGCUCUCAAGAAGCAAUUCAGCGAUACUUGCUAUAUCCAGAUAUGUGUUUUUGCCCAAGACCCUAUCUUUAGUGGUAAAAACGGAGGAGAGGAGAUGCUUCAGCUCCUCAACUCUGCUGCUGCAAAAGCCGGAGUGGAAGUAUUUGGAUCUACCCCAUAUGUCGAAGAUACGAAGGAGCAUCAAAAACAGAAUAUACGGUGGGCUACAAUGAUAGCCCAAAAGCAUCGCUUAAAUUUGGAUUUUCAUCUUGAUUAUAACCUGGACUCCGAAGAGUCAAGUAUGGUACCUUGUGUCCUUGAACAGUUACGCAAAGAACAAUGGCCCUCAACGCUAGGGACUUCAGACUCCAGAACUGUCGUGCUCGGUCAUUGCACUCGCCUCACACCUUUCAGUGAUAGUGAGUGGUUGGACUUGAGGAAAGAAAUCGGUGACUUUCCAAUCUCCUUUGUGGGGCUUCCAACAUCUGAUUUGUUCAUGAUGGGAAGACCAAAGGAGGGAUCUGAUAGUGGUGAGAGGGUACGAGGUACACUUCAGAUUCCACAACUCAUUAAACAGUACGGUUUGAAUGCAGCUAUCGGUACUAACAACGUUGGCAAUGCCUUUACACCGCAUGGCAGCUGUGACCCACUAAUUCUUGCAGGUCUUGGUGUUGGUAUAUAUCAGGCUGGAACGAAAGAUGAUGCCGGCCUCUUGCUGGUAUGUUGAAUGCUUCCGCCGUGAAAUCAAGACAAAAAUAGGAGAAUGCUAAGUGACCAAACAAACAGCAAUGCGUAACAAGUCGGGCUCGAAAUGUCAUCGGGUUGAACUCGUCGAAGGCAAAUGACAUGGCACUACUAGUAGGUAGUCCAGCAGACUUGGAAGUCUUCGGCCACGAAUCAAAGGCCUCUUCUAGGUCAUUCAGAGCCAGGAAGACCACGCAGGAUAUCGUAAAUGACGCGGGAUAUGAGAGAACAAUCAUAUUUCAAGGGAAGAUGGUCAGCUCGUGAUGAGUGAUCACGUUGAUAUAACGAAGGAAGUUCCAACACAUGCAGAUUUGAGGAUGCGUGAUGCUAUCCCAAAACUCGACUCACGUGGCAGCCUAUCCAGCAAGCACGUGUGAAUGCAGGCUGAUCGGUCACUAGGCUGUAAUAAGCUGUCCCAGACUGUACAAGUACUAGCCAAAGAUAAGAAUUAUCUGAACAAGUGAAUCAUUCAACGUCAAUAUAAAUAUUUGCACUCUUUGGGAUGUGUCGAAGCUACCUAUUUAAAGCAUGCCCUAACCUUGUUCUUUGAAGCGAUAAAUAAGCAUAACCAUACUCAAACCUUACUAAUGGACCCCUGAAAGAGUUUGUCCGAAAGCAGUGACACAGCCGAAGUUGUUGGGAUUUAACCUUCGCUCCAGUUUACUUGCGACGAUCGGGUGGGCGGUCGGUGACUGGUCCUGCUGGUCCCUCUUUUUAGCGCAUCAGCGUCAUUUCUACUGUACUUUUGUACCUCCGUACUAGUACUGACUGCCAUCACAACACCGAGUUUCUACCUCUACACUCCACAACCUAAAUUCUGCAUUGCUCGCUCCUCACAGCAGGCGAGCAAACCUCUCUCCUUCGCCCCAGAUUGUUCGCCCUCGAGAACGUGCUCGUAGACAAUUUCGAUCUCCUCUCACGAUGCACGAUCCAUUCCCUAUAGCACCCAUUCCGUGGUUGAGCAAGGCCAUUCAGCCUUUCGCCGACUACACCGGCCUCGUUACUCUCCCACUCCACAUCCACGAAGUCCUGGGGUCUUUUCUAGCAUAUUACUUUAUCAACGUUGCUGUGGCUCCGUGGAUCUCCAGAAAACUGUUUCCUGUCAAAUAUGCAAAGCUUUCGCCCGACAGAAAGAUCAACUGGGAUGUCCAUGUGGUGUCCCUCUGCCAGAGCACCGUCAUCAACGUCUUAGCAUUAUGGGUGAUGCACGCAGAUGAGGAGCGCAAGAACAUGAAUGCGCUGGAAAGAGUGUGGGGUUAUACCGGUGCUGCUGGAAUGAUUCAGGGCAUGGCUGCCGGCUAUUUCUUGUGGGAUUUGGUGGUGACGCUACAGAACGUGCGACUCUUUGGAUUGGGCAUGCUUGCUCAUGCCAUGAGUGCGCUGAUAGUUUUUUCUUUUGGUUUUGUGAGUUUCCCCCCAAAAAAUGUAUGGGUUCUUGCUAAUUCGGUGUUCAGAGACCCUUUGUAAAUUUCUACGGCUGCACCUUCAUCCUAUACGAACUCUCCUCCCCAUUGCUAAAUUUCCACUGGUUCUUUGAUAAACUCGACAUGACGGGAUCCAAAGCACAAUUAUAUAAUGGAAUCAUGCUAUUGGCAACUUUCUUUUCUUGCCGUUUGGUCUGGGGUACAUACCAAUCCGUCCGAGUAUACCAAGAUGUCUGGGCCGCUGUGCACCAUCAAUCAGCCGCUGCAAGCAUCCACCUAGACGCUCUCAACAAUGGCACAGCUGCCGGUCUCGACGCCGCAACAGGACACAGCGCAGCACCAAUCCACAGCGAAAUGAUGCGAUUCGCUGGCGAGGAAUACGUUCCCCUAUGGCUGGCAUUUACCUAUCUUGGAAGCAACAUCAUUCUUAACACCCUCAACUUCUACUGGUUCGGCAAGAUGAUCGAGACAGUCCGCAAGAGAUUCCAACCACCUAAGGAAGAGCGAAGAAAACUCAAGACCUCAGCACGAAGCACCGCCAACGGAAAAGUCAAGAUAGAUCUUGACGAAACCGAUGUGCGUAGACGAAACGUCGGGAAGGAGGAGCCGAUUGCCAUUGAGGCCAUUUCAUGAUUUUUGCGGCCCCAUUCGAAAUUUGGAUAGGAAGAGAUAGUAAAGGCUCGUUUUCUCUUGUCAAGAGAGACGGAGAGAGAGUUUUGUGUGUAUAGCAUGUUCAUAGAAGGGCUCUAAACGGGCGUACGGGAUGGUUUUGGGUCUGGUCUCUGCUUAGCAUUUUCCUUGCGC